CACCCAUGCUGCUAAAACGUCUAAUGUUUCAACUGUAUCGAAGAUGGUCGUUCGCGAUUUUAAAGAUUUUUGGGUGAAUCUUGGAGGAAUUACUGUAUUGUAAAAUCUGUCGGGAAGUGCCAAUUUGAACAACAAUUGCUGUAAUAUUUUAAUUCUUGCCGAAGUGAUCGUUUAGUGUCGAGAUAUGUGAAUAUUAAAAACAAAAGUGGAACUCUGGUCAAAGAACGGACUUCGAGUCUUUCCGUAUUAGUCCGAGCUUUUGGAAUAUUUAGUUACAGGUUUCAUAGCCUAGCCUUGCGAAAGUCACCUCUAUCAGAUGCCAUCAUAUCAGGCAUUCAAUAAUGAUAAUUUUCGAUAGAUUGCGCCAGGCAAACAAAAUCAUUUUGCAGAACAAUCUACAACAUGUCGUUGAUCGUGAAGCACUAUAAUAAAAUUCAAUAUCCUCGUGUUUAUGGAUAAAAUCAAGAUUCAACUGCCCGAUACGGCACCUCGAACUUGUGAUACGGUCAUUAAAAGUAUCGCUGUACAGAAAAGUGGAAUCGUUACAAAGGAUACAUGAAAAAACUAAUUAUGCCUAGAUUAUUUCAAUGGUGAUUACACGUGAUUCUAUGGAACAAAAGGAAUGUAUCGACGAUCCCUUCAAUAAUGGUUUGGCAAUAUUAUGCGAUGAUGCUCAAAAGGAUAUGUUAACCGAAUGCUGCCCAGCGUCACCUACAACGGUACCCGUCAAAACUAGCCGUUCAAACUCAUCCGGAUCACAGAUCCGUUCGCCAAAGCCGAGACGACAGCGGACUACAUCAGUAAAUCAAAACACGAUUAAUUCGAAUGAAGCAAUUAUACGGUCAAAUAAUCGCACGAUAUAUACUGCUGGCAGACCUCCAUGGUAUAAUUGUGCUGGUCAACAAGUUGAACCUUUCGUUAUAGGUAUAUGUGGAGGAAGCGCUUCGGGAAAAACUACGGUUGCUCAGAAAAUUAUAGAAAGCUUGGAUGUUCCAUGGGUAACGUUGCUCUCGAUGGAUUGCUUCUAUAAAAUACUAAACGAAAAACAGCACGUUCAAGCUACAAAAAAUGAAUAUAACUUUGAUCAUCCAGAUGCAUUUGAUAUAGAACUCAUGAAAGAUGUUCUUCAACGCCUCAAAGAAGGACGUAAAGUUGAGGUACCAGUUUACAACUUUGUUAGUCACUCAAGAGAAACACACACGAAAACAAUGUAUGGAGCUAAUGUGAUAAUUUUCGAAGGGAUUCUCACUUUCCAUAAUCUUGAAAUAUUGAAAAUGCUGGACAUGAAAAUCUUUGUCGACACUGAUUCGGAUAUACGUCUUGCAAGGCGCUUGAAACGUGACAUUCAGCAGCGUGGGCGAGAUCUGGAGGGAGUGUUGAAACAAUAUUCUACCAUGGUUAAACCAGCUUAUAGCAAUUAUAUUGCACCCACGAUGGCUCAUGCUGAUAUUAUCGUUCCUCGCGGUUCCAGUAACGUCGUUGCGAUUCGAUUAAUAGUACAGCAUGUCCAUACGCAACUGCAACUGAGAGGUUUUAAAUUGCGGGAAGCACUAGCACAUUCGUAUAUAGGUCAGCCAAUGCCUGAUUCAUUAAAACUCCUACCAACAACGCCACAGAUCAAAGGAUUACACACUUUUAUCCGCAAUGCUAGCACUCCGCGAGACGAGUUCAUAUUUUAUUCUAAGCGUUUGAUACGACUAGUGCUGGAAUAUGCUCUUAGUCUGCUACCUUUCAAAAGUAUUGACAUUGAAACACCACAAAAUAUAAUGUAUCAUGGGAAGCGCAUGGCAUGUCAAAAAAUUUGUGGUGUAUCUAUUCUGCGCGCAGGAGAGACUAUGGAGCAGGCGGUCAGUGAUGUUUGCAAACAUAUAAGAAUUGGAAAAAUUCUUAUACAAACGAAUCAAUUGACAGGAGAACCAGAGUUGUACUACCUACGUUUGCCGAAGGACAUCAAGGAUUAUCGAGUUAUUUUAAUGGAUGCCACCGUCGCUACAGGUGCUGCAGCAAUAAUGGCCAUCCGUGUACUAUUAGAUCAUGAUGUGCCGGAACAAAACAUUAUGCUCGUUUCUCUAUUAAUGGCUGAGAUCGGAGUUCAUUCUAUCGCAUAUGCAUUUCCUCAUGUUCAAAUAGUAACUUCCGCACUUGAUCCAGAAAUCAACGAAAAGUUCUACGUUAUACCUGGCAUUGGUAAUUUUGGAGAUAGGUACUUCGGCACAGAGCCUACAGACUCUGAAGUAUUGUACGAAUAAAUACUGUAGUUAACAGAAUAAUAUAAACCAGAAUUGGCAAUAUAUAAA